GCAAUGUGUCGUAUGGGAUGUGUGUUGAAAUGGAGUGCAGCUUCGGCGAGAUAUCAAGCUGAAAAAGGGAAGAGUGCUUCAUCUGUUGAGCGUGUAGAAAAAUCUCCCAGCUACUCGGUCCGGAAACCUCUUGAGAAAUUUCGCAGGAUUCCCUCUCAAGCGUAGGGCGCGUGCGUAAAGCAGCUUCUCGUCUAGCGACACUGCAUCCGGGAGCAUUGCAGCAGCGAGCGAGUAUCCGGGCGAGUUUGCAGUGCAGUUCCGUGCGGAAGAGAGAUGGUAUUUAUCUCCGCGCGUAGCCGUCGAGCCCGCAUUGCAUGACGAUUCCGCACGGGACGAAUGGACGUUUGCAUGCCGCAGUUAUGCACUUCCAUUGUGAAAACAUAAGUGUUUUAUGGUGAUAAUAUGUCAAAAUCAAACAUAAGGAAGAUAACGGCUGACCCUACGAAAUGUAAUACAGACUCUCGACGGCCGAGUGUGUUUGAGAGGUUGGGCACCAAACCAGCGACCGCCGCCGCAGCCGCAGCCCCUCAGAAUACAUCGGAUUACUGUAGAAACUGGGCGCUCAACGGCAGUUGCUCGUACGGAAAGAGUUGCAAAUACGCAAAUACACAUACAUUGAUAAGUCCAUCCAAGCGUGCUAAGAAGGAUAAUGCAAUCACAAGUACAGCUGGACUCAUUGAGGAUCCUUUCAAACGACUCACAUCUAAGAUUGUGAAGAAGGCAUCACAUAGUCCAGACUUAAACAUAGAAGAGUGGAAUCAAACAGAUCUUGAAUACGAGGACGAAAAGGUAUUGGAGAGACGGCGGCAAUUGUUACAACGGGAACUGGAGCUACAAAUGAAGAAGGACAAGGAGGUACAUGGCAAGGAUAAAGUGAGGCAAAAGAAAAAAGCAAUGAGCACUUCCUCUAGUUCACGCACUUCGAGUACAUCCAGCAGUAGCAGCAGCUCCAGCAGUGAAGACUCAUCCUCCACCUCAACAUCGGAUUCGCGAAAGAAAGUCAAGAAAAUUAAAACCAAGCGACAUCACAGCGUCUCCACCGAUUACAACGAGGAUAAGGAGAGGAAAAGAAAGUUGAAACUCAAAAGACUGGGCGCAAAGAACGAGAAAGUUGUAAACAAGAAAAAACGCAAGCUCGAGAGCAGUUCUACGAAGAAGGAUCCCGCUACGCGAUCGAUCAAGAAGUAUGGCUCGUCCUCUUCUGUGCCCAGGAAGCAUUCGACCUCACUGCGCGCCAGAUCACCCGCGAUGCAGCAAGGAUCCGUGAGCGGAGGGGUAGCGUCUACCACGACCAUAGUAUUAGGCUCGUCGGUAUCCGUGGCGCAUCAUGCGUUAUCUUCGUCGUCCAACAAGAACCGGGAGAGGAACCGAAGUGAAUCACCCAAGGCGUUGAAGAGUGCCAGGGAGAUGGACAAGGAGGACGGCAGCAGGCAUUACAAGAAGGUGCGCGACGUGGACGAGUGCUUAUCCAAGGACACGGCGGCCAAGUGCAAGUCCUUCGACAAAGUGACGAAGGAGCAGGAGAAGGAGAAGAACCGCGCGAUCGACGACAAGAUGAAAUCGGACGACGGUCGGCUGAGAUCCAAGUGCAAGGACAAGGACAACAUCCGCUCGCGCACACCGCCGCCGUCAUCGUCCUCAGACCGGUCCAACAAACAUCAGCAUAUGAAAGAGGGUACGUCGAAGACUCGUCGCAGCCGCACGCCGGACAAAUCGUCUCGACCAAGACGCGAUCUUACCCCGGCGAAGAAUCUCGAGAAACAAAGCGGCAGCGGUGGUGGCUCAUCAUCGAGUCGCGCGAGGGACACGGAGAAGAAAGAGCGCGAUUUGCACAAACAGGACAAAAGCAAGGAACGGGAGGACGCACGGAAGAACGAGCAACUGAACUCAAGCAAGCAGGCGAAGCAGACAACGACGAGCUCCCAGGACGAGAGCUACCGCAGGAACGUGAGCAAAGACUUCGACGAGAAGUCUUCGUAUACCACUGGCGAGAAAACGGCGCGGCAAAAGAGCCGCGAACGCCGCGAAAAAGAAACCAGGGACGAGCAACGCGGUCACUCGACCAGGUUGGCUCGCGACCAACGGGAGCCGCAGCGCGAUAAGGACAAAGACGAGUCCCAGGAGCGUUGUCGAGAGCGGCAACGAGAGCGAGAUCGCGAACGGGAGCGAGAUCGCGAGAGGGAACGCGAACGAGACCGGGACCGGGACAGGGAUCGCGAACGGGAGCGCGACCGGGAACGCGAGAGAGAACGAGAGCGGGAGCGAGAGCGUGACCGAGAACGGGAGAAGUCUAUGAAGCCGCGGGAGAGGGACGUGCCAGCUACGGUAGUGUCAUCGACGUUGAGUCUAUCAGCGGACAAGAACUCGCGCUACAGCAGGAACGUGAAGGAGCGGCCGUUGAGUAAGGACGUCUCGUUCGAGAAGGGCAGCGCGCGCGAGCGUAGAAGCGAACGUGAGCGAGAGCGGUCCGAAACGAAGGCUCUCGCCGAGCGCGAAAGGAACUCGACGCAGCGGCUGGACGGUAGGUACGAGCGAGGCGUCGUGGAGAAGGACACGUCGGCGCGCAAAUCGAGCGUGAACUCGCCGAGGGACCGCAUGGACCGUUUCCCGCGGGAGUCGUCAUUGGAUCGAGCGUCUCUGCACGACAAAAGCGCGCAUCCCGCGACAUCGUCGAGCGGUGUCCAGUCGACGGCGGCAUUGUCGUCAUCGGUGCCCGUGGCUUCGUCCUCUUCGUCGGCGGCAGCCGCGACACCCGGAGCCGCGUCGUCGUCCCGCGAUCACCUUAUGGACAUGGUGGACGGCAGUAAUUACGACAGGGACAGUAGGCACAGAAGGUUCGGCGUGAGAUACGAGCGAGGACACGCGUCUGAGCGGAAGGAUCAGGCGCGGAUCGAGCGUGUGGCUAGUAAGAUCGACCGAAUGGUGGACCGCCGAGAUGCCACUAGCCCGCGACGAGCUGUGGACUUGGACAGAGGCUUCAACAGGAACUAUGGCAGGAUGUCGGAGCACUGGGAGGAGCAGGAGGAAUCGUCCGCACAUGUGGAAUACCGAGAUCAUGCUCAUAUUCAUGAGGAGGACAGGAGAAAGACUGUGGACAGCAGGAGGUAUGACAGUCCUUUCGAGGAGAGACGCGUCGCUCGCGACGAAAGAUCCAGAGAAUCGAGAUACGUGAUCCAGACUACUGAGCGAACGUCCUUUGAUGACCAUCGGCAUCACCACCAUCAUCAUCGUCAUCCUCUCUACGCUGGUGACAAGUUGAGAAGUAGUGGCACCAGCAUUAGAGAUGAAGGCGUCUCCAAUGAUGAUUGGGAAGGUCAUCAUCGCGACGUGGAGCACGGUCGAGACCGGGGCUACCCGACGGUGGAAUGGGAGGAGAGAGAAUGGCGUACGAGAACAUUGUGGGAAGGCAGGGACAGUCUUCCUCGCUCGGAGAUACACGAUGACGAGUGGAAUUCCCGCUACGACGGUUCAAUUGCUGACUGGAAGUCCGGCGAUACGCGCAAAUGGGAUAAUCAGAAUGUACACGUACGAUCGCAUUACAGAAACGAACGCUCCAAGGACCUGGAGCUCGGAGAGCCCACGCAACAUAGUAAAAGACGGUCGUAUAAUCCUCCCGAGACAAGAGAGGAGCCGACUAUACAUCCGUCCGCCAAGCAGGCUGCCAUCUAUGGCAGCAUGAAGGAAGAACCUAUCAACAAGAAGUUGAUGGAACUCGCUGAGGGUAAAUUGUGCACGACCAGAGAGAAGUCCACCGACAACUUCCAGAAGAAGAACACGCAGAAGGAGAAGCCCGAGAUCAAGGAACCCGUGGUGACGGAACCACCCAAGCGCAUCAUCGCCGACGAGUCUUUGCAAACUCUUCACACCGAGAGCGAUCUGAGUGACAUCAGCGAUGAUCCUGACGAUAUACUGAAUAUGGAAGAAGAUACCGCGGAUAUGGAAACUGGUAAAGCACGGGCGAGUAAAAAAGCACCGGAUGCUGCACACGCACAGUCGACCGCGCAGGAGCCGGCUCAACUGUCGCCGAAGGAACCCGUGGAGGAAGCGAUUUUCAAUGCAAAGCCCAAGGAUAACACCGACACGGUGUCAUUGAGGAAUAUGGAGGACGAUAAUAUGGAGACUAUGGACUUCGAAGAGAUUUCCGACGGCGAGUUGGAGGAGGACAUCAAGACAAGCGGCAAGGGACUGGGCGACGCUUUGGGAGUCGACUGGGAGAGCCUCGUGAAGGAAACGCAAGCAAGAAGAACGGUCACAUCCACUCAGGACUCCGCGGAAAAUCGCUGGCAAUGUAAAGCUAUUUUUUAUCGGAUCGGUAUAUCGCAGAAAUAUGCGGGCGAGGAUUUCGUGAAGAAACUUCUCAAGAAAUACGAGAAGAACGACCACAGAGAGUGCUUGCUCGAUAAUAUCGCACUAAUGCAUACGGCGCUCGCGCGAAAUCGACUACUGCAAGAUUUGGGCAACGGCGCAAUCCAUUCUGUGGAUGAUUCUUUGUACAGAAAUAACACCGCGAGCUAUGACGAGGAUGUGGAUUACGACUGGGAAACGUUAAAGCCAAGCAACUCCUUGUACGAGGAGGCGAAGUGUUUAUUACAGCAAGUUGUAUAAAAGAAUAAUGUGAAAUUUACAUCAUCGUGAUUUCUUGUACUUUUUUUUU